AUGCCAUCUCCAGAAGAUUGGAUCAAGUACUACGAGUUGGAAAGCCACCCAGAGGGGGGUUACUUCAAACAGACCGGAGCAUCCUCUCAAUUGGUGACUUCUGCCACCGGACUACAAGUUCCCCUCUAUACCAACAUUCUUUUUCUAAUUAAAGAAAAUAAUUUUUCUAAUUUUCAUCAGCUUAAAUCAAAUGAAGUCUGGUAUUAUCAUGCCGGUAAUCCUUUAACCGUUCAUUGUAUUGAUCCGGAGUCGGGCCAUUAUUAUACUGUUAAAUUGGGGGAUGACAUUUCUAAAGGUCAGCUUCUUCAGUAUGAGGUUCCGGCCGGAAUCAUCUUUGGUUCUUCGGUUGAUACCGACUACUCUUUGGUUAGUGCCAUGGUAAGCCCCGGCUUUGACUUUAGAGAAUUCGCUCUUUUCAAAAAAGACGAGUUGAUUGAGAAGUUUCCUCAGCAUGAACAAAUUAUUGAAAAACUUACCGCAAAUUAA